CACCUCCCUCCUCUCCCCCUCCUCCUCCUCUUCUUUGUCAUCUUCUUCCUCAUCCUUCUCGUCUUCUUCUCCUCCCUCUUCACCGCGGGCGACAUCAUGGCUGGUGACGGAAGCAGCGGGGCUGGGCCGAUGACACGCAGGGUAGGCGGUAACAGAGCUCCCAAGGGGAAAGAGCAAGUGCAGCAUGAUCCCGACAAGCCUUCGUCAAGCAAGUCAGCGCAAUCAACAACAACGGCCACCAACAAGGAGGCGACACCCGACACUGAUCCCGAUCUCUUCCAAGCGAAGAGCGAGGACGACCAGAAGAAGCUGUCGAAGAAGAAUGCAGUCUGGAAUUGGGUCGAACAGGGACAGGUGGCACUCCCAGCAGGACGCGGGGAGUACUGGCUGAGGUGUCGCCUUUGUUCCAAGGUCUUCAAGGGCUCAUCAACGAAGGCGGCUGACCAUUUGUUGAAAGUUCAGAAACCGUGUCCUUUUCGGAUGGGGGAGAUCGUCGACGAGCUUGUUGGUCAGGGACGCAAGGUCAACCCCAAAGACAAGAACACCCGCUACUUGCUGCCGMACUUCAGAGGACUCGAUAGGGGCGAAGGGGGGGGCGAGGAGGCUGCGGAGAAUGCAUCAAAUGCUGACGAUCCGUCGUCUUGGGCGGUGCCUCCACCUGUCCGAGGAAGGUGUGUUCCACAAGUUGCUGCAUCGAUCGCAACAACAGAUGACGAGGCUGCAGCGAUGGGCGACGAUGCCGCCGGAGUAGGGGAGGCCUGUGCCAAGGUUGUGGUGGCGAAGACGCAWACCACAAUAAGGAAGUGGAUCGACAACGACGCACARAAGAAGUUAGAUGUMGCGUGGGCGGAARCAAURUUCAGGGCUGGAAUUGCUUUCAACUUCCUGAACUUUGACACCACGCAGGCUCUUCAUGACGCUUACUUGGAGGUUGCCAAUGCAAAGCCGAAGGUCAAGUUGCCUACCUACAAGCAUAUGCGGACURUCAUGCUGGACUACAUCUUUCUGAAGGUGCAGAAGUCGAUCAACCCCUUGACUGCUUGUUGGGACAAGACCGGCUGCACAUUCAUCACAGACGGAUCAACAGAUCGUAAGAACCAGCCGGUCAUGAAUUUCCUAGCAGCGGGAGAGAAAGGAGCAGUUCUGGUGRCCACGGUUUUCAUGACCGGGAGAAAGAAAAACGCAGCAGCAUUGGCGAAGUUGUGGGAGCAGGUGAUGCGGGAGAUCGGGAUCAAACGGAUCAACGCGAUCUGCACUGAUAACGCUGAGGUCAACAAGAAGGCAGCACAGAUCCUGGAGCGGCGGACCGACAGAGUUAUUGCAAAGAUACCAUGGGUGCCAUGCGGAGCGCAUUGCUGCAGUCUAUUGUUGAAGGACCUAAGAGUUUGCCAUGGCCUCCUGAAGAGGAUGGACAGGGAAGGAGUUUCUCCCACCAACCUCGUGGAGUUCGACGACCUUAUCGCAAGGAAAUUGGUAAACGUCGUACUGACGAAGAAGGAGAGGGAGGAUGUAAUGGACAAAGCUAAGGACCGCGUGAAGAUGAUGCGGCAGCCCGUUCACGCAGCUGCGUUUUUGUUGGAUCCACGGAGGAGAGACCCAGUUUUGCAGGAGAUCGCCAUCAGAGUGUUGGGGAUGUGGARCACGGCGACACCGGCGGAGCGGAACUGGGCGUCGAUGGACUUUGUCCAUUCCAAGCGCAGAAACAGCCUCUCGCCGGAGUCCUUGGAGAAGUUGGUUUACAUUCACUGGAACRUGCAGUUGAUGCGUGUUCCAAGUAGCAAGGACAAUGGCUACAUUGAUGUUUGGGGAUCCUUCUUCGAGCCGCUGAUGGAGCCGGCAGCGGAAGAUGGAGCGAUCGAGGACCCCGCGGAUCUUGAGGAUCUGGUGUGGAAGGGGAAGUGUUGGGACGAGUCCACUUCCGAGGACGAAGACAGUGAGGAUGACAUCGUAGAGGACUCAGAUUUUGAGUUGGGGGUCAAGCCGGCAGUGCCAGCCACUACGUACGUAGGUCGGAGGCUUGGGAGGCGAGCUAAGGAGGCGAAGGUGCUGCCUUCAGAGCCCAUGGAGAGACUGGACACUGAUAUCGAGUUCUUGGCGCACCCUAUACAGUCCCCAACCGAUGCAGACGAGGAGGAAGCAGCUCGGGCCAAGGCUAUGGCCGACCGGGAUGCUGCUUUGGUUUAGAGGCGGAUGUGUGAGGAGGAGGCUCGCCGUGCUGCAGUCCCCACCCGGAGGGAGACAGAGAGACAGAGCAAACAGGCCAGCCAUCAUGAGGAGCAGCAUAGUGAGGACUCCGAGGACCAACGUUGUGUGGACUCCGAGGACAAGCGGUCCACUCCGGCAGACCACCGUACCCAGCACAAAAUGAGGAUGCCCAACAAGACAACAUCUGGAAAAGCAGGGCGGGGCAGAAGAGGAAGGCUCCAACAAAUGACGUCCCCGCAC